AUGGCGUCCGUGGUGGCGUUUGAACGCAAACAUGUUGGCAGAUUGGUGCCCAAAAACCCCAACUUGUUGUACGUCGUUUGUGUCGGUAUCGCCGUUGUGAAUGAAGCGACCUUGGGUUAUGACGCUUCCAUGAUGAACGGCCUCAACAUCCUGCCGCAGUACACCGACUUCUUUCAUCUCACCACUGCCACGAUUGGAUUGAACAACGCCGGUAUCUUCUUUGGGGGAACCCUGGGAGCGUUCUUCAUCCAGCCCGUCGCCGACGGUCUAGGCCGCAAGGCCGGCAUCCUGAUCGGGGCCUCGAUCGCUCUUGUCGGGGUCAUCCUGCAGACGGCGGCGCAAAAUAUCGGCAUGUUCAUCUUGGGACGGAUCAUUCUGGGCAUCGGCCCGGCCAUCUCGACCGGAGCAGUGCCCCCCUUGCUCAGCGAGGUCUUGCCGGCCAAACACCGCGGCAAGAUCAUGGGCUUCUUCUUCAGCUGCUUCUACGUCGGCUCCCUGGUCAGCGCGGGCAUCAACUACCGUGCGGUCAACAUUUCAGGCACCUGGGCAUGGAGGCUUCCGUCCAUCUUCCAGGCCUUCUGGAGCAUCAUGGCCCUCGUCACCCUGCCCUUUAUACCUGAAUCGCCCCGAUGGCUCCUCGAACACGGCCAAAGGGAUGCGGCCCGGGAGACCCUGGCCGUUAUCUAUGGCCACGGCGAUCCCAACGACGAGCAGACCACGGCCGUGCUGGCUGAGAUCGAAAACGUCCUGCACAAGGAGCACCAGUUGUAUCCGGGCAACCCGUGGAAGGAGAUGUUUGCAAGCAAGGCCAAUCGCCAUCGCAUGGCCAUCAUUGUCAUCUUUGGCGUCAUGAUCCAGAUGUUGGGCGAUUUCGUCAUCUCUUUCUAUCUCGGUUCCAUGUUGACCCAAGCCGGGAUCACCGACCCCAUUACGCAACUCGAGAUCAACAUCAUCCUCAGCUGCUGGUCGUUCGUCGUGGCCGUGUCAGGCAGUCUACUUCUGGACGUGUUUGGACGCCGCCGCACCCUGAUCGUCUGCCUGAUCGGAAUGAUCGUCACGCUCUACAUCUUCGGCGGGAUGGCCAAGCUCUACGGCACGGGGAGCACCAACAAGAGCGGCAUUUAUGGCACGAUUGCCUUUAUUUUCCUGUACCAAGGGUUCUAUGCCUUCUCCGUCUCCCCAAUGACCAGCUUGUAUCCCCCCGAGGUGCUCAACCUGAAGCUGCGCACGGCCGGAAACGCCGUGUUCCGAUUCCUUAACUAUGGAUUUGGCUUGCUGGCCGCCUUCACCAUGAGCUAUGCCAUGGACGACUUGGGAUACAAGUUCUACUUCAUCAAUGCCUCGUGGGACAUUUUGUUCUUGGUGCUGGUCUAUCUCCUCUUUAUCGAGACAGCCCGGGUGCCGCUGGAAGAGGUCGCCCUCAGAUUCGGCGAUAUUCACGUCGAGGAUCUAGGUGACGGGGUCGAGGUUGUCGAGAGUGUCAGUGUAGAACCCGACUUAAAGGAGCGUGCUUAG